CUUGCUGCUGAGUUUCUUCUACCUAAAUGACUCUCAGACAUGUAGCCUUAGCCACGGUUUCCUCUUCCCCUCUUUGUCACCUGUUAGUUUCUCUUUUAACCCUGUCUGUGUCACAGCAAGAAAUUCAGUAAACUCGACCAAAACUACCUACAGAGAAAUAACCAAAUGAUGAGAGUAAUGUUAGAAUACCUGUUUGUGUUGAUGGGAAGUAGAGUUAAUAUAAACUCUGCAGGAUGUUUAAAAUGUGAUUUAGAUCUGUGACAUGUAGUGGGCUUUACUCAGCAGUCUCAACGUGUUGAGGUAAAAGAUGAAAUCCAUCAAAUACAUGCUCUAAAUGUGUUUUAGUCUGAAUCUGAAGGUUCUCUUUAGUUUUCACUCUUUAAUCUUUGAAAUGUUUUUAAAAUGAGGUGAUCUGAUGAGAAGUUAGUGACGAGCAUUCAGGAAGAAAAUAAUCUACAGGACGCCAUUUCAGAUAUCAGAGGAGGAGGAAGACUCCCUCUCUGAUCCGACAUGUUGUAUAAAGAGUAAAUGAGCAGCAGUGUUACAUGUGAGAGACUCACAACAGAAGUCAUAACAGAACAUUUAUAAUUAUCAGUUAUUUAUUAGCCUGAUUAAUUAUGCUGCACCAAAGAGAUGAGACAUGCUUAAUGUCUGUAAAGAUCUCUCUCUGUGAUCAGGUUCACCACCUCACAAUAAAGCUCUGGUUAUAAAAAGUUGUGAAGUCUUGUGUUGAGGAGCAGCAGGAAGGGACUGAGCGGGUCAUCAUAAUCAUCUGUCCUCAUCGUGCUGAAUAAUCAGUUUAUUAUUUUAAACAUUAAGAUUUUACAAAGUUGAGGAGGCAGUAAUCAGCUAUGUCAGUUGAAACUACAGCGGCCUUCUGUUGCUCUAUGUAACCGUUCAUUGUCUUAAUUCAUUGGCAGUAAUUGUAGACUAAACAUACACUUGUGUGCUCAGUUAGGGAAUGUGAUAACAUCCGGUUUAAAGUGUGCAAAUGUCUCUGUCCAAGUGGUCCUGUGUUCGCUUCUAUAAUGUUGCUUAAAGGGAACUUCUUUACGCCACCCUCAACUCUUGAGGAAAUAAUUUGGACUGUUUUCUCCCCUAUUGACUCACUGACACCGGCAACUCUAUUAACAUAUAAAGGCGAGACAGGCAUCAAUUAUUAUUUGAGAUAUAAUUAAUAUAUGGGAGAUACUUAACGUUGUGGGGCCCCCUCUAAAAGGAGAAGAUACAUCUCAAGGGGUUUAUCCUGAUAAAGACUUUUAAUUUAUAUUUAGUUUGAUUCUAACCAGGAGAAACUCUUUGAGAUUAAUAAUCUGUCCAAAAGUUUAUGGCAAACAAGCGGCCCAACAUACAAACACAAUACAAGAUACAUGACUGUAAUACAUAAGACAUGAAAUAACAUGAGCCAUAAGAUAUAAAUCACAUUUGUCUGUGUUGCUGCAACGACUUAAUUUAUCCUGGGGAUCAAUAAAAUAUGACCCUAUCUUAAAGAUGGAACACCAAACAGUACAGUGAAAUAAGGUUUGUUAUCCUCAGUAACCAAACUGACCUCCACACUAAUCUUUUUCUCUCAUUCUCAAACCCUGCUGUUCUUUUCCAGUUGAAUCAGUCUCUGAUGUUUACAGCAGAGUGACGUCAUGGCGACUGCAGCAGCAGACACAGAUGAUCUGUUUCCUCUGAGGCGCAGUAGCAGCAUGAGAUCGUUACCACCUCACAUGUCUGAGCUGAGGGUGGUUCUGCUGGGGAACAGCUGGUCUGAGAGGAGUUCAGUGGGGAACUUUAUACUCGGAGAGACUGUGUUCAACACUGAGGAAGAACCAGACGGCUGUUUGAAGGUCUUAAAACAGAUAAAGGAGAAAGACAUAGUUCUUAUCAACACUCCAGAUCUGCUGAGUCCCCACAUCUCUGAAGACAGACUGACAGAACAUGUGACAGACUGUGUGAGACUCUCUGAUCCUGGACCUGAUGUGUUCCUGCUGGUUCUACAACCUGAAGACUUCAGGGAGGAACACAAACUGAGACUCUGCAGAGUCCUUAAACACUUCAGUGAUCGAUCAUUUGAUCAUUCAUUGAUACUGAUAUCAUCACCCAGAGAGCAGGGCUCCAAAUAUACUCAGUAUUCUCCCCUCAAAGACAUGAUCAGAGAGUGUAGGUACAGAUAUGUGGAGCGGAUGAACCUUGAACUUCCAGAGCUGUUGACACGUUUGGGUCAAAUUGUGAAGGAGCACGAUGGAGAGCAUGUCAGCUGUGAUGUGAUCAUGGAUCCCACUGAUGAAACACAAAUCACACAUCAAAGGAAAACCAGACCUGGCAGCAUUGGUGCUGUUGCUGCUGGGCCACCUGCUAAUGAUGACAUCAUCCCAUCUGGGGAAAUCAGAAUUUUGCUUCUGGGGAAAAAGGAUGACAGAAUGUCAAAGCUUGGUGACUUCAUCAAAGCCAAAAUAAAAAAACCUUUUGCAGCAAAACAAAAGGUGGAGACUGCAGAGUGGAGAGGAAAGCCUCUAAAAGUAGUAAAAACUCCAGAUGUUUUCAGUCUGUCUGUGGAGAAGCUCAGAGGAGAGAUGAGGAAGGCUGUGAGUCUUUGUCCUCCAGGACCAAAUGUUCUGCUGCUGUUAGUGAAACCUUCUGAUUUCACUGAAGAGAACAGACAAACACUGAAGUUCAUCCUCAGAUUGUUUGAUCAAGAUGCUUUUAAACAUUCAGUGAUCAUCAUCACACAUGAGGGCGGUCAUCCAUCCUCUUUUAGACGUCUACUUAAAGACUGUGGAGACAGACACUACAGGAAGGCUGACAACAAUCCUACAUCAUUAAUGAAGAAGAUAGAGAACAUUGUUCAUGGAAACAAAGGAGCCUUCCUCACCCUCAGUGAAAAGUCUUCUGUAUCAAAGUCUGAACACAUGAAACCAGCUUUAAACCUGGUCCUGUGGGGGAGGAGAGGAGCAGGGAAGACUUCAGCAGCAAAGGCCAUUUUAGGUCAGACAGGUCUUCAUUCAGCCUCCAGCUCAUCAGAGUGUGUUAAACAUCAGGGAGAGGUGUGUGGACGUCGGGUUUCCCUGGUGGAGCUUCCUGCUCUGAGUGGAGAACCUCUGGAGACAGUGAUGAAGGAAUCACUCAGGUGUGUCUCCCUCUGUGAUCCUGAAGGUGUCCAUGCCUUCAUCCUGGUCCUACCUGUGGGUCCUCUCACUGAUGAAGACAAGGGAGAGUUAAAGAUGAUCCAGGACACCUUCAGCUCUCGAGUCAAUGCCUUCACCAUGAUUCUGUUCACUGUAGAGUCAGAUCCUACAGCUCCAGCUGUUGUAAAGUUUGUAAAGAAAAACAAGGAAGUUCAGAGCUGUGGAGGAAGAUCUUUUGUUCUCAACAUCAAGGACCAGCAGCAGAUCCCAGAGCUGUUGGACACGGUGGAAAAGAUGAGACUCUACAAAGACAAACCCUGCAGCUACACAACAGAAACAUUUGCACAUGCUCAAACAGAAAAAAUCAGCACAUUACAGGCUGAGCUUAAGGGCAUGAAAACAAGAUGCCUGAUCAGCUGUGGUGAUGAUGAGAAGCAGAGCUCAGAGGGUCUCAGGAUUGUGAUGAUCGGGAAGACCGGUUGUGGGAAGAGCUCUUCAGGAAACACCAUUCUAGGAAGAGAGGAGUUUAAAGCCAAAUCAAGCCAAACAUCCGUCACUAAACGCUGUCAGAAAGCACACGGUGAGAUUGAUGGUCGUCCUGUCACUGUGGUCGACACUCCUGGUCUGUUUGACACAACUCUGUCCAAUGAAGAGGUUCAUGAAGAGAUGAUAAAAUGCAUCAGUCUUCUGGCUCCAGGUCCACAUGUCUUCCUGUUGGUGCUACACAUCGGAAGAUUCACACCUGAGGAGAAGGAGACAUUCAAACUGAUCAAAGAAGGCUUUGGGAAGCAUGCUGAGAAGUUCACCAUCAUCCUUUUAACUGGAGGAGAUAAACUGCAGCAUGACAACAUGUCCAUUGAAGAAUAUACUAAAGAGGGAUGUGAUGAGUCUUUCAAGAAACUGAUCUCUGACUGUGGAGGAAGAAACCACGUGUUCAAUAACUAUGACGAACAAAACAGAACUCAGGUCAGUGAGCUGAUGGCAAAGAUCGACACAAUGGUGAAGACAAAUGGAGGCAGCUGCUACACCAAUGAGAUGCUGCAAGAAGCUGAAACUGCUAUAAAGAAAGAAAUGGAGAGACUCUUCAAGGAGAAAGAAGAGGAGAUGAGAAAAGAGAGGGAGGAACUUCAAAGAAAACACGAGGAAGAAAUGAAAGAAAUGGAGGAAAGAAUGAAAAAACAAGAAGAAGACAUGAAGAAAGAGAGAGAAAAGAGAGAAAAAGAACUUAAAGAAAAGGAGGAAAUCAUUCAGAAGGAACAAGAGGACAGACAAAAAGAAAAGGAGAUGAGAGAAGAAGAAGACAGGAAGAGAAAAGAACAGGAAGAACUUCAGCGACAGGAGUGGGAACAGAAAUUUGAAGCUUUGGAGGAAAAGAUAAAGUCAGAAUCAGACGAGAAAGAAACCACUGACGGACAACUGGAUGAGAACAGAGAAAAGAUGAGAGAAGAAAGAGAGAGUCGGGAGAAACAACAAAAAGAGUGGUGGGAAAAACGAAAUCAAGAAGAGGAACAGAGACGACAGGAGGAAAGAACAAGACUCAGAAAACUUCAAGAAGAGUUUGAACAGGAAAGAGAAAAUUCUGAAAAGAAAAGAAAGGAAGAGGAUCAGAGAAGACAGGAAGAAGAGGAAAAAGAGAAGAAAGCCAUUGAGGAGAAGUACAAGACAGAAAUUGAGAGUCUGACAAAGAAGCAUGAAGAUGAAGUCAGAAAGAAAGCUGAAGAGUUCAAUGAGUUCAAAGAGAAAUACAGAAAGGAAUCAGCAGCUCAGAAGGAAGAGUACGGGAAACAAAUGAAAGACAAAGAUGAACAAUAUGACAUCUUGACGGUGCUGAAAGCCCACAAUGAAGAAGAAAUGAAGAAGAAACAUCUACAACAUAUUUGUGACAUAAUGAAAUGUGUGAACAAAAAGAAGGAAAACCUCAAAGAAAUCAGUGAGUUACUGAGAACACAGGAAGAAGAAAUGAAAAAUCCGGAAACUGAGGAGGCAAAGAAAAGUCUGGAGGACAAACAUGAAAGAGAAAUGGACGACCUGUUGAAGAAACUUUUGAAUCAAGCCGACAAAAAAAUGUUGUCACAAUCUAAAAAAUAUUUUGGUUUUCUUAACUGAAACUAAAAAAGCAUCAGACAUACUGUGGUUGUUUUUAUUGGACAGCAUAUCACGGUCACAGGAAUACUUCUCCUGAUGGUCAUUUGUUUGAAUCUGCUGUCUCUGAAGCUGCAGGUAACCAAAGCAACAGUAAUGAUGCUUCAAGCUUAAUCAACAGGUGACAGGAAAACUAAAGACUCUCUACAUCUAAGGAGAAAACAAGCAGCUGACCUCAGAGGAGGUGACUUAAUCAAUGUGGUGCUGGAACAAAGUUAAUCCAAAGAAUGAACCUUUAUCUAACACCAGUUUCUGACUCCAGACAUGAAGUUGUCUCAUCACAGUUAUCUGUAGAGGAACGUUUUAUCUGAAGCUGAAAAACAUUACUGAUAAACAUAGACACAGAGGAUGUUAUACUCAGUGAACUAUUGAGGAUGUAAGCUCUGUCUUAGCAGCUCGUAGAUCACAGUUAACAGCCUGUCUUCUCUUGGUGAGGAUGUUUGUGAGGAUGUGUUGGUCAAGUUGUGACUUAUGACUUCUCUGUGUCUCUAUAUGACAUAACAACCUUUAAUGAGCUUGGUGAUGUCUUAAAAACUGAGCUGCAGGUUUUGAGUUUUCUCCAGGUUUAAGUGUCACCUUGUUACAUGAGGUGAUGAAAACAUGCAGAUUUGAAGCUCUGAUUGAAAGGGGAGAUUGAAUCUGGCCCUGUGUCUGUGUAUCUGCUGCCCUCUGCUGGUUUCCUGUUAUCAUUGGUUACUGCUCAAACAGUCUGCAGUGUGCUCCAGCUGAAACAACAUCUUGUUUUCUUUGAAUCGUUUUCUUAACAUGUGAGACAGAAAGAAGUGAACUAGUGUCUUUACAGUGUGCUGUGCACUUUGUUUUGUAAAGACUGGAGUUCAUGUUUGUUUCUAAAACUUCUCUUGGACAGGCAGAUUGUGACAAAGUGUAUUCUGCUCUCACCCAAAUCUAACAAACUAUAAUGAAGCAGCAACAUUUAAAAGCUGAAUAACUCACUCAGUUAUGAUAAUAGUUUAAUCUUUAACUUUCAUAAUCUUCUAUAUUUGACUUUAUUUCUUUAAUGUGUUUCCAGUUAUAUAUCUUUGUUUGGUUAAAUAUGAAGUAAGACUUGAUUUGGUGAAACUGAUCACAUUAACUUCAGAUAAAUCUUGAAGUGUACAUUCUGUGUUUGAUCAUUAGAAACUGUUUCCCUGAUAAAAUGAAUGCAUUUGUUUCUUUUAGUCAUUUUAAAUCAUUAGUUUUAAACUGUUUAACCUCUGAU